AUGGAUUAUGACGAAGAAUUGGAUGCAGAAACUGAGGCCUUUGGUGCAGAAUUGGAGGACUUGUUACAAGGUAACCUAGGCAUCAACAUGAUGUUCAUUCUGUCAGAAAAGUUCUGGGCUACAGAGGGACAGGAAAGCACUCUGGAGGGAGAUAUAUUUUCCCAGGAAAGUUUUGAAUGCAGGUUGGCAGAAGAGAUGCCAGAACAGCAAGCAGGCAAUCCCAGGACGGAAGGAACUGACAACAAGCUGGCUGCAGACCAGCUUUGCUUCUCCAAACCAACCAAAGAGAUGGCAAACCACCUCAGACCCUUGUUUACGUCAGCAAACUUUAGGGGUGUUCCUAUUCCCAAAAUCAUGGUAGAUGGAGGUGCAGCCAUCAACCUUCUGCCUCACAGAAUGCUGAGCAAGAUGGGCAGAAUAGAAAGGGAUUUGAUUCCAACUCGCUUGACUGUCACCAAUUUCGUAGGGGGCAUCACCAAGACUCAUGGGAUCUUAGAUGUGGAUGUUAUAGUAGGAAGCAAGAAGCUGAAGAUUGCAUUCUUUGUGGUGGAUACUACUUCUACCACUUACAAUGCACUACUUGGCAGAGACUGGAUUCAUCAGAGUCUAUGUGUUCCUUCCACUCUUCAUCAACAGUUAGCUUUAUGGAAUCAAGAAGGUUACAUGGAGAUAGUAGAGGCUGAUCCACAGCCAUUUCUGCCUUCUGCCAUGUGUUUUGAAGCAAGGUACUAUCAUGAUGACCUUGGUCCUUUCACUUUCCUUGGAGUCAACCAGAACGGCCGCCCCCAUGGUGUCACGUCCCAGAGGCUCCUUGAAGAUGGUCUAACCAAUUCCUUAGAGGACUGGAAUAGACCUUUUGUUCUAAACUUCCAGAACUCUGAUGUUUAG